CCAGCCUGUCUUAUCUUUACAGAGUUCAGCUAUUAAAGACCAGCAUCGCACUCUCUCAAGUGACUCGUCUUCUGUGCCUUAAGCCUAAAAUCUACUGUGUGCUUUUGUACGCAUCUGAAAGACAAAAGGGAAUUAAGAGCAAAAACAAGCAGCAGGAUGACCCAACAGGAACAGAACUGGCCAAUGAAAAACACAAGGCAAUUAGAAGACAAAAUAAGUAAAAAUAUAAAACUCAGAAAGGAAGCCAUUACAAGACAAAAACAACUUAUAUGCCAAUUAACGGAGGAGAUCAACCAACUUUUGGAAGAGACGCAAAGAGGAAAAAAUGAAAUUGACUACAUGAGGAAAAAGACAGAGUGGCAACAGGAGCACAUUGGCAUACUGACAGCUGAAAAACACAAGCAAUACUUAUUAAUAAAAAGAUUGAGAUUACAGUUGGAAAAUGUCAUGGAGAAACUUGAAGAGAAUAAAAAUGAAGCCACUCGGGAAAAAAUGGAACUUCAGAAAAUGUGUGCUGAAAUAUCCCAAGAGAUGGAAACUCUGGACAAAAAAUGUAUUGAGAUCAUGAAUGAGCGAUGCAAAUUUGAAAUGAUCAAGAAUAAAAAGACAAAAUUACAAGCACCCGGAGAACCCAUAGAGCAGAUAAAGCAAGGACAGGAGAGUCUGAUGGCUGACAGCCUGCUGAGUCUAAUCAACAAAAAUAACAAAACAAUGCUUGAAACAAAGCAGGCAAAAAAACAAAUAGACCAAGUCCUGGCAGACCUAAAGCAAGAGUUACAGAAAAAUAAAACAGAUAUUACAAAACACAGAAAUCAAAUUGAGCACAUCAAACACAACAUGAAUAUAAACUUUAACAAAAUGAAGCAAAGGUGGACGAAAAUUCAAGGAGAUGUUCAAAUACAGAAGGUCACCGUCUCAGAGACUGAAAGAGAAGGACAAAAAGGAGGAAAAGCCACCUUCGAUACUGUCAAGAUAAAACUCAGCAGAAUCCAGGAAGAGAUGGAGAAACUUUGGGAUGUGCUGGAUAACAGUGAUCAACAGCUGGAUGUGACUCUGAGAGACAAGCAGGAACUAAAGACAGAGACUGGUCAGCUGGAAAAUAUGAAACCUGAGUUUCAAAUGGAAAAACAAGACAUGGAGAAAAAGCUUUCACAGGUCCAGUAUGAAAAAGAUGAGAUAGAAAGAAUCAAAGCAAAAAUAAAUACAGAGAGAGAAAACAUUGAGAGAGACAGGCUGUUAGCUAAAGCAGAAAAGGAAGCAAUAAUGUGUAUGAGGGAGAGUAUUAAACAGCAAAAACAGGAGCUGGAUGACCAAUUACAAGUGACAAAAAAGGAGAUGAGAGAGAUGGAAGUGCUGAACACUGAGAUUGAAAUGAAGAAAAAUGAUCUGGUAAAAAUGAUAAGAAUGAGUAGGAGACAAAAGAAAGAGAUGACCAUGGUGAAGGAUGGUGAACAAGACAUGGAAGAAAGACAGAAGAAUGAAGGACAGAAGUCAGAGGAGGUGGAGGAGCUGAGCUUGGAGACCAGGUUUGAUGAACAGGUUGACAGAACCAGAGAAAUAAUGCAACAUAGAGACCAUCAGUUCAAGGAAGAUAACGAUGAGACAAGCAUCAAAGAAAAGAGCCACCUCAAAUGGAUGAAGUUUCAGGCAAAAAAAAGACCAGUGCUAGACCAACAACUACAGAGGACCAUGAAAGAGAGGGAUGAGUUAGAAAUGGUGAAGAUAAAGAUACAACAACAAAGGGAGGAGGCUGAAAAAAAACUGGAAGAUAUAAUGACUACAACUCUGACUAUGGGUGUAAUGAAAGCAAACAUAGAAAAAGCUGCUGCAGAGAUUGACAACACCCGGGAGGAGAUGCUUAAAGCACAAAGGAAGGUGAAGGAGAACAAGGAAGAAGUCAAAAAACACAUGGAUAAGCUGACAUCCAUGAAGGCUCAGAUCAGCAAAUGGAUGGAAAAAAAGAUUUUUUCAGUGAAUGCAUCUAACCUUCAACAACCACAGAAAGAAACACAAAGACAAUCCCUCAAAGUUCAAGCAUUUGAAAUUCUGACAGAGAAAGAAGAAACAGAAGAUGAAAUUACAAAAGAGGUCCUGCCCUCGCAACAAUCUGUGAGAUAUAAAAGAAGGCGAAAUGGAGAAAUAAAAAAAGAGGAGCAAGAACUGAAUUUAUUUGCAGUGGACAUUAAGGAAAAAGACAAUGUUUUCUUACAAAUGCAGACAGACAUUCAAGAAGAAGAAACAUUAAUGGAUGAUGAUGAGACUGAACCAGCAAUAAAUGUGAAAGGAAAGGCUGAAAUGGAAAGACAGCUAUGCAUACUUAAGGACAAUGAGGAGAAAAUACGAGAGCAAAUAAUGUAUGCUAUGAAGAACAUGGAAGAAAAAAAUCAAGAGAUUAAAAAGUUCAUUAUGGAAAUAAAUUACCUGCCAAGACAGAGGUCAGAAACUGGGUUACAAAAUACAGUGAGGGAAUCUGGAAAUGUGGAGGAACAGGUUACCAGACUUCUGAAAAAAACAAAUGACACAGAAAUUUUGAGGGUAAACACAAAUGUUUCCAAACAUGAAAUAAUUAAAUAUAAAGUGCAUGUACAAAAAAAGGAGAAUGUCAGUCAAAUGAAACAAGAUGUAACUGACGAGUCUGACUUGAUGAGAUUUGAUGUUGAUAAGCAAAAACAAAGCCAGGAGUCAAGAGAACAUCUGAAGACACACACUGGGGAGAUGGAUGGAUAUUCUCCUAAUAAUGACACACAAAGAGCUGAUAUACAAAGACUUAGGACAGAGAUUUACAGAACACAAGAAAUCAUAUCAUCAAUGAAACUAGAACUUGAAACCCAAGCUGAAGAAAGAAACAUCAACAAAGACCCUAAGGAUGAAGGCAGUGAAACUAAAAGAUUACUUAAAGACAUCGAACAAUUCCAAGACCUCUUGAAAAUGGUCAAAACUGUGAUGAGGCAACGUAAACUGAAUCUGAAAGAAGAAAUGAGCAACAUGAAAUUUAUGAAAAAUGCAGCAAAAAAACAGAAAAGAGAACUGGAUCAGAGAUUAGAAAAAACUUUGAGAGAGAGAGAUGAAUUAGAUAUUUUGAAAAUGAAAAUGCAGAGACACGCUAAAGUGAACUUUGAAAAAAUGACAAAAGUUAAGAAUGCCAUGGAGAAAAUGGCUGCUAAGACCAAAAAGAAAAAUGAAGACAUAGAAAUGAUUAUAAAGGAAACAAAAGUAAAACUGAGACGUUUGGAACACCUGAACUGUAAGAUUGAGGCUACAAACCAAGAACUGGAAAACAGAUAUGUUUUGAUAUGCAAGGAAAGAGCUGAUCUUGAAAAUUUCAAGACUGAAAUCAGGCAGGAAAAUUAUAGAAAAUCUGCCUUUGAAAGUGAUGAGAGAGAGAACCAAAACAUAAAGAAACAUAUCGUAGCUGAAACAGAUACAGUGAUGGACAGAAUGGUGAAGAACAGAGUGAGCAAAGAAAUGGAAGACAUUGAAAACAAAACCGUCAGACCAGGAUCCGAAAAUAAGAAAUUGCAGGGGCACGUGAAACUGAAGAUAGACUGUUUGGAUCAGAAAGACAGUGAAGUUGAACCACUUAACAAAGCUAUGAGUGAGCUUGUGAAACAGAACACAGAGAGACAAGAGACUGACAUGCUGAAACAACAGAUUGAAGUAGAGUGGGAGAAUGUGAGAAUACCAAGACAACACACAGAGGCAGAAAAACAUGAGAUGAACCAUUUAGGCGAGAGAAUCAAAAGACAGAAAUCAGAGAUAGAUGACCGAAUGCAUGCUGACAAAAGAAAAAUGAGGAAAAUGGAGCUGCUGAAGUCAGAGCUAAAAACAAAGAAAAAAGAAAGUGAACGGACAUUUAGAAAAAUCAUGAGAAGAAAGGAGGAGAGUGCAAUAACAUGGAAUGAAAUACAAAGAGAAAAGCGAUUAAUAAGGAGGAGGAGAAGGGAAUUAGACCAACAAUUGGAGAAAACCAUGAGAGAGAGAGAUGAGUUAGAAGUUUUGAGGAUAAAACAUCAACAUGAGACAGGACUGGCUGAUGAGAAGCAGAGUAUCAAAGACAAGACUACGCUUAUUCCAGGAUACACAGAGCAUGAAAGACAAAGGCUGGAAAAACAAGAGAUGAUGUCAAAACUCAGCGGUUCAGUUACUGACAUUCAAAACAUGAGACAAAAGAUUCAUGUACAUUUGGAGGUAAUUAAGGGGGAAACAGGAAUUCUGGAAAAUGUAAAUGCACAUUUAAGGAAACAAACUGAAGACCUAAAAGCAUUAAAAGCUGAGAACAGAAGUGUAAGAGACAACAUGAGUAGGGCAAAGUUUCAGAUAAAGACGGCCAUUGAAGCAAUUGCUUUACAAGCAAAAACACAGAGGGAUGAAAUAGUCCAAAUGUGGGGCGAUUUUCAACAACAAAAACAGGAGCUUGAAAACAAACUAGAAAACAUUAAAAAAGAAAGAAGAGAGAUUGAAAUUUUGAAGACCGAGUUGGAAACCACAAAAAGAGAAAAUGAACAGUUGGUCCAAAAAGACAUCCGAAAAGAGCGGGAAGUUAAAAAUAUGUGGGCUGAGGUCAAAAAAGAAAAAGCUGCCCUCAAGAGGGAAACUCAAAAGAGGAGCAAAGAGCUUGAACAGCGACUAGAGAGGCUCAAUAGAGAGAGGGAUGAAGUAGAGAUAAUGAAGUUGAAGCUGCAAAGAGAAAAAGAUGAGCGCAAAAGUGACACAAAAAAGUCAGGAAUUUCAGCAAUCACAAAAGUUACACAAAAAAAUCAAAAGCACAUGGAACUAUAUGAGACAUUGAUGGGGAAAUAUGACCUCAUGAUAAAACACAGUGAAAAUCUGAAAGGAGAAAUUAAAGAUAAAAAAAGAUACAUGGCAACCCAGGCAAAACUUACAAACCAAAUCGAAACAGAAAUAGAAAAUAUCAAAGUGGAUAUUAAGAGACAAAAGGAAAAUAUGAAAUAUGCUUUAAAGAACAUAAAAACAUAUUUGGAGCAAGUGGAGCAGGUGAAAAAAUCUAGGGAAAUAGAGAAAGAAAUUGAAAGAAACAGAGAAAAAUCAGAAGAGUUACUUCUGAGCGAGAAAGAGCUGAGGAAUGGAAGGGAGUUUGUCAAGGCUGAGGCAGUGAUGGUGAAAACAGAACAAGAGAAAGAAAAGGAAGAAUGCAAAGAAAUAAAGAUGGAUGUCAAGUACGAAAAAGAGCAAAAAGAAGAAAAAGACACCAAAUCCAUAAGUGGUGUGAAUGACAAAAUAUCUGAUGAUGCAAAGAAAACACAUGUAUUGGGAUUGAAUGAAUCACUUCACAAGGACAUUGAAGAGAAGGAAGAUACAGAAACAGAAAUACAACUACAUGAGAAACUUGAAAGGAUACCAAAAACAGAGCAAUUUCAAAGAAAGGGAAAACUAGAACUUAGACUGAAAGGAUCAGACAAUAAAAAUCUAAACCAGCAGAAAGACAGAGAUCAGAAAGACCUGAAAGGAAUAAAAUUUGACAUCCAAAAGGAAAUUCGACAAUUAGAAGAUAAUAAAAGUGAAGGAAAGGGCAAAGACACACUACAAAUUAAACAGACUGAGAAUGUAAAAAAAGAACAGGAAACUUAUGAAAUAAUAAAAAAGAAGACAGUGAACACCGAGCUAUUAGACACAGAAAUUCUAAAAAUGUCAGAUGUUGUCAGUGAGGAUGUGAAGGAUCAGUGGACAAACUUUGAUCAACAAAGUGCACAUCUUGAAAAACUGAAGGCAGAACAGGAACAAGAGCAGGCCAAUCUGGAGAAAGUGAAUGAGAUGGUGAAAAGAGAGAAACUGGACUUGGAGAUGAAGAAGUCUGACAUCCAGAAACAAGUUGAAAGAGUUGAACAAUUUAUAAAACAGGAAAUAAAGAAUUUGGAAAUCACAAAGGUUGAGGCACAAAAGAUGAAAUCACAUUCAGAUAAUCUGUUUGAUGAGAUAAAUAGAGAGAAAAUCGAUAUUGACGAUCUGAGCCUUCAGGUUCUGACAGAAAGAGACAAGGUUCAAAGUACCAUCAGCAUAAUUACCUUAAAACGACAAGAACAAGAACUCAAGGAAGAAGAGCUCAAAAGACUGGAAGAAGAACUUGAAAUCAGUAGGAACCAUGUGCUGUCACAAAGAGAAAAAAAUGAACUUCUGAGACAGGAUCUCAAUAACAGAAAAGAAGAGGUUGAAGCUGCCAUGAUAAGCAACACUGAAGAGAGAGAACAACUCAUUAGAAUGAGGACUGACAAUGACAAGGCAAAAGAAAUACUUUUGAAAGAAAAGCACAAAAUGGAAGAGAAAGGAUCGGAGCUGAAGUUGAAAGAAGAUCAAUUGGCUCUAAAAAUGGAAUCAGUCGAAGCUCUGAGAGUUAAACUUCAACGGGUGAAUGAAAGGAUGCACAAGGACAUGAAUGAUAAAAUGGACAGUUUGCAACAAUACAGUGAAGAUGUCCUUAUGCUGCACAAUGUGUCUCAGAAAGCCUUCAUAGAACUAGAUCAAAAGAAAGAAAAUCUGACUCGUUACACUCUGCUGUUGGAGAAAGAAAAGGAGGCUCUAAAAGAGGUACUGUCAGACAUGGUGAUCCGGAGACAAAGCAUGGAAAAUCAAUGGAAGCAAAAGCUGGAGCUGGAAAAAGAAGAUCAACUGGCUCUAAAAAUGGAAUCAGUCGAAGCUCUGAGAGUAAAACUUCAAGGGGUGAAUGACAAGAUGCACGAAGACAUGAAGAAUAAAAUGGACAGUUUGGAUCAAACCAACGAAGAUGUGCUCAGGCUGUGCACUCUAUCUAAACAAGCACUGGUAGAACAAGGUGAACAGAGGGAAACUCUGACUUGUUACACUCUGCUGUUGGAGAAAGAAAAGGAGGCUCUGAAAGAGGUACUGUCAGACAUGGUGAUCCGGAGACAAAGCAUGGAAAAUCAAUGGAAGCAAAAGCUGGAGCUGGAAAAAGAAGAUGUUGAAAAACUGAAGGCAGAACUGAAACAAGAGAGAGAGGAUCAGGAUAGAGUGAAUGAAAUGGUGAAAAGAGAGAAACUGGACUUGGAGAUGAAGAAGUCUGACAUCCAGAAACAAGUUGAAAGAGUUGAACAAUUUAUAAAACAGGAAAUAAAGAAUUUGGAAAUCACAAAGGUUGAGGCACAAAAGAUGAAAUCACAUUCAGAUAAUCUGUUUGAUGAGAUAAAUAGAGAGAAAAUCGAUAUUGACGAUCUGAGCCUUCAGGUUCUGACAGAAAGAGACAAGGUUCAAAAUACCAUCAGCAUAAUUACCUUAAAACGACAAGAACAAGAACUCAAGGAAGAAGAGCUCAAAAGACUGGAAGAAGAACUUGAGAUCAGUAGGAACCAUGUGCUGUCACAAAGAGAAAUAAAUGAACUUCUGAGACAGGAUCUCAAUAACAGAAAAGAAGAAGUUGAAGCUGCCAUGAGAAGCAUCACUGAAGAAAGAGAACAACUCAUUAGAAUGAGGACUGACAAUGACAAGGCAAAAGAAAUACUUUUGAAAGAAAAGCACAAAAUGGAAGAGAAAGGAUCGGAACUGAAGUUAAAAGAAGAUCAACUGGCUCUAAAAAUGGAAUCAGUCGAAGCUCUGAGAGUUAAACUUCAAGGGGUGAAUGACAAGAUGCACGAAGACAUGAAGAAUAAAAUGGACAGUUUGGAUCAAACCAACGAAGAUGUGCUCAGGCUGUGCACUCUAUCUAAGCAAGCACUGGUAGAACAAGGUGAACAGAGGGAAAAUCUGACUCGUUGCACUCUGCUGUUGGAGAAAGAAAAGGAGGAUCUAAAAGAGGUACUGUCAGACAUGGUGAUCCGGAGACAAAGCAUGGAAAAUCAAUGGAAGCAAAAGCUGGAGCUGGAAAAAGAAGAUGUUGAAAAACUGAAGGCAGAACUGAAACAAGAGAGAGAGGAUCAGGAUAGAGUGAAUGAGAUGAUGAAAAGAGAGAAACUGGACUUGGAGAUGAAGAAGUCUGACAUCCAGAAACAAGUUGAAAGAGUUGAACAAUUUAUAAAACAGGAAAUAAAGAAUUUGGAAAUCACAAAGGUUGAGGCACAAAAGAUGAAAUCACAUUCAGAUAAUCUGUUUGAUGAGAUAAAUAGAGAGAAAAUCGAUAUUGACGAUCUGAGCCUUCAGGUUCUGACAGAAAGAGACACGGUUCAAAAUACCAUCAGCAUAAUUACCUUAAAACGACAAGAACAAGAACUCAAGGAAGAAGAGCUCAAAAGACUGGAAGAAGAACUUGAAAUCAGUAGGAACCAUGUGCUGUCACAAAGAGAAAAAAAUGAACUUCUGAAACAGGAUCUCAAUAACAGAAAAGAAGAGGUUGAAGCUGCCAUGAUAAGCAACACUGAAGAGAGAGAACAACUCAUUAGAAUGAGGACUGACAAUGACAAGGCAAAAGAAAUACUUUUGAAAGAAAAGCACAAAAUGGAAGAGAAAGGAUCGGAGCUGAAGGUGAAAGAAGAUCAACUGGCUCUAAAAAUGGAAUCAGUCGAAGCUCUGAGAGUAAAACUUCAACGGGUGAAUGACAAGAUGCACGAAGACAUGAAGAAUAAAAUGGACAGUUUGGAUCAAAGCAACGAAGAAGUGCUCAGGCUGUGCACUCUAUCUAAGCAAGCACUGGUAGAACAAGGUGAACAGAGGGAAACUCUGACUCGUUACACUCUGCUGUUGGAGAAAGAAAAGGAGGCUCUAAAAGAGGUACUGUCAGACAUGGUGAUCCGGAGACAAAGCAUGGAAAAUCAAUGGAAGCAAAAGCUGGAGCUGGAAAAAGAAGAUGUUGAAAAACUGAAGGCAGAACUGAAACAAGAGAGAGAGGAUCGGAACAGAGUGAAUGAAAAGGUGAAAAGAGAGAAACUGAACUUGGAGUUGAUGAGGUCUGACAUCCAGAAACAAACUGAGAGAACUGAACAAGUUAUAAAAGAGGAACGAGACAAAUUGGAAAUCACAAAAGCUGAGGUACAAAAGAACAAAGAACACGUGGAUAAUCUCAUUGCUGAGAUAACUAGAGCGAAAAUCAACACCGCGAAUGUGAACCUUCAGGUUCAGAUAGACAAAAACAAAGUUGAAAAUAUCAUAAAUAUGUUUACAUUAAAACGAACAGAGCAAGAACUCAAGGAAGAAGAGCUCAACAGGCUGAAACAAGAACUUGAAACCUGUAGGAACGAUGUGCAGUCUCAGAGAGAACAAUUGGAAAGUUUUAGUCAGGAUCUCAAUAACAGAAAAGAAGAAGUUGAAGCUGCCAUGAGAAGCAUCACUGAAGAAAGAGAACAACUUGUUAGAAUGAGGACUGACAAUGACAAGGCAAAAGAAAUACUUUUGAAAGAAAAGCACAAAAUGGAAGAGAAAGGAUCGGAACUGAAGGUGAAAGAAGAUCAACUGGCUCUAAAAAUGGAAUCAGUUGAAGCUCUGAGAGUAAAACUUCAAGGGGUGAAUGACAAGAUGCACGAAGACAUGAAGAAUAAAAUGGACAGUUUGGAUCAAACCAACGAAGAUGUGCUCAGGCUGUGCACUCUAUCUAAGCAAGCACUGGUAGAACAAGGUGAACAGAGGGAAACUCUGACUCGUUACACUCUGCUGUUGGAGAAAGAAAAGGAGGAUCUGAAAGAGGUACUGUCAGACAUGGUGAUCCGGAGACAACGCAUGGAAAAUCAAUGGAAGCAAAAGCUGGAGCUGGAAAAAGAAGAUGUUGAAAAACUGAAGGCAGAACUGAAACAAGAGAGAGAGGAUCAGGAUAGAGUGAAUGAAAUGGUGAAAAGAGAGAAACUGGACUUGGAGAUGAAGAAGUCUGACAUCCAGAAACAAGUUGAAAGAGUUGAACAAUUUAUAAAACAGAAAAUAAAGAAUUUGGAAAUCACAAAGGUUGAGGCACAAAAGAUGAAAUCACAUUCAGAUAAUCUGUUUGAUGAGAUAAAUAGAGAGAAAAUCGAUAUUGACGAUCUGAGCCUUCAGGUUCUGAGAAACAGAGACAAGGUGCAAAAUACCAUCAGCAUAAUUACCUUAAAACGACAAGAACAAGAACUCAAGGAGGAAGGGCUCAACAGACUGAAACAAGAACUUGAAAUCUGUAGGAACCAUGUGCUGUCACAAAGAGAAAAAAUUGAACUUCUGAGACAGGAUCUCAAUAACAGAAAAGAAGAGGUUGAAGCUGCCAUGAUAAGCAACACUGAAGAGAGAGAACAACUCAUUAGAAUGAGGACUGACAAUGACAAGGCAAAAGAAAUACUUUUGAAAGAAAAGCACAAAAUGGAAGAGAAAGGAUCGGAGCUGAAGUUGAAAGAAGAUCAAUUGGCUCUAAAAAUGGAAUCAGUCGAAGCUCUGAGAGUUAAACUUCAACGGGUGAAUGAAAGGAUGCACAAGGACAUGAAUGAUAAAAUGGACAGUUUGCAACAAUACAGUGAAGAUGUCCUUAUGCUGCACAAUGUGUCUCAGAAAGCCUUCAUAGAACUAGAUCAAAAGAAAGAAAAUCUGACUCGUUACACUCUGCUGUUGGAGAAAGAAAAGGAGGAUCUAAAUGAGGUACUGUCAGACAUGGUGAUCCAGAGACAAAGAAUGGAAAAUCAAUGGAAGGAAAAGCUGGAGCUGGAAAAAGAAGAUCAACUGGCUCUAAAAAUGGAAUCAGUCGAAGCUCUGAGAGUAAAACUUCAACGGGUGAAUGAAAGGAUGCACGAAGACAUGAAGAAUAAAAUGGACAGUUUGGAUCAAACCAACAAAGAUGUGCUCAGGCUGUGCACUCUAUCUAAGCAAGCACUGGUAGAACAAGGUGAACUGAGGGAAAAUCUGACUCGUUACACUCUGCUGUUGGAGAAAGAAAAGGAGGAUCUGAAAGAGCUACUGUCAGACAUGGUGAUCCGGAGACAAAGCAUGGAAAAUCAAUGGAAGCAAAAGCUGGAGCUGGAAAAAGAAGAUCAACUGGCUCUAAAAAUGAAAUCAGUCGAAACCCUGAGAGUUAAACUUCAACAGAUCAAUGAAAGGUUGCACGAAGACAUGAAGAAUAAAAUGGACAGUUUGCAACAAUACAGUGAAGAUGUCCUUAUGCUGCACAAUGUGUCUCAGAAAGCAUUCAUAGAACCAGAUCUAUGGAAGCAACAACUGGAUUUGGAAAAUCAAUAUUUUGAAAAGCAAGUUACAGAGGGUCUGAAAAGAGUCAAUGAGGUGAUGAAUAGAGAGAAACUCAACUUAGCCCUGAUGAUGUCUGACUUCCCCAAAGAAAUGACAAAGGCUGAGCUACAAAGCAAGAAACAAAACACUGACUGUCCUGUUUGUGAGAUGAAACAAGAUAAAGAAGAAUUGUACCAAAUGGAGACAAGCAUAGACAAGAGUAUUGAAAUAGAACUGUCUGAGCUCAAAUUCAGAGUUGCCCAUUUCACCAGUAUAAUAAAUUCCAUGAAACAUUUUAUAGGUAAACUCAAACAGCUGAAUCAAAGGACACGUGAUGAGUUUCAGAAAAAUUUGCACAGAUUAGAGCAGAACAAGGGAAACAUACUUCAAAUGAACUCAGUCUUGAAACUGAAGUGUGAUGAACUUGUGAAACAGAAAAAAAAGAUCACUGCUUAUUCUGACCUAAUCCAGAAAGAGAAAAAACAUAUGUUGUCAAAGAACCUUGACAAGGUGGUACAAACUGAAGUUGUAGCAAAGGGACCGCUGCAGGAACAAGAUGUCAAGAAGGAGCAUUUGAAUAAACUUGAAGUGUCUGAAUGUAAGAGGGAUCAUCUGAAGUCAGAUGUUGCAAGCCAGACUGAAGAAUCUGAACAUCAGUGGAACUCAGGACAAUGUAACAUUGCAACCCUCUCUGACCCGGCAUCAGAUCAAGAUUACUUUACAGAUAAGAAGAUGUCAAAAAGAGAUUGUUUGCGAAACAUUUGGAAAGACACCAAAAUGGAACGACUUGAGAUUGAUCAGAUGAAACGCAGGGGUCACGAGAUGAGAAACAUUCUGGAGACAAGACUGAAGGUGAUCAAUCAGUUUGUUAAGAGAACAUGGUUACAGAAAGAAAAGGAACCACCUGAGAAGACAAUCCUGGAAGAACAACUAAGUAAGAAAAUGAUAUCUAAAAGUGACAGCAAGAGAGACAGCAACAAAGUUAAUGAAAGAUACACAGAGCUACAACAACCUAAGGCCAGGAUGCUCAGUGAAAUUGAGAAACCGCAGGUUAAUGAAAAAGUGUCAAGGACACUAACGACUAGCGACAAAGCUGUUCAAACAAUUCAGGUGGAUAAAACCACAGGGGAUGCAACAGUACAGGUAACUGAACAAGCUUCUACCAAAAUGCACUAUGAAACUGAAGUAGCUCCAGAGACAAACAGUGGAAUUCUUUGUCACCUCCGGCAUUACUGCUAUCGUUGUUGCUGUCCAUGCUGCGACUGCUGGAAACAAGUAUGCACAGAGGAGAAAUGA